CGAAGUUAUAGCUCUUCGGUAAGUCGGGCUCGCGGUAAGUUGGCCUGCUCCCGUUACCUUUUAUGUAGGAAUUAUCUUCAUGAAUUUUUUAACUCUUCCAAAGUGUUUCGAAAUUUAAAAACACUUCCUUAAUAUGGGCCAGGGAUCUCCUUAAAAUUUGAGAACUUUUUUUUUAAUUCAAAUGUCUGAUUUUGCGCGAUUUGCCAUUCUUUUUAUUUUAUUUUCGGCAAAAUGUAUUUUUCUGCUUUAAAUUUAAUUUUUUGUCUUACUGUAAUCCUACAUCUAGCGCUUUCAUUGGCCCAUCAGCAUUGCCGUCCCUCAUCUUCUUCCUCUUCCUUUCACCAACAAAAUGGAGUAAUUGGAGGGGAAGAUGUAGCCUCUACCUCAUCUGGCACAAAACGUUGUUUUGGUGCUCCAUAUUGGAGGGAUUUGGAUGGUGGGGGAGAACAAAGCCCCUUAUCUCAGAGUUCUUCAAGGUAUUCAAUACCUCUAACAAUGUCUCCGUCCUCUGAUUGUGCCGUUUGUAAAAUGCUUUUGCCUAAAGGCGGACCUGUACGUUUUUUUUGCUUUGCUUUUUUUGUGUGUUUUUUUUGUUUCCCUUUAUUUUUUAAUUAA